UGGUCUUUGUCAUUUUGAGCGAGAUCUCACUUCUCUGUAGCCUGCUGAUUUGGCAGGCUACAUGUUAGCCUAGGCUGGCCUCUUUCAUCAUCCUCUGGCCUCAGCCUCCUGAGUACUGAGGGUGUACCUGUACCACUGUGUCUGGCUUGGUCCUGCUUUAAGUGGAUCAGAAAAAAUCUGAGGCCUUAAAUCGUUUUUCCAUGGAAGGACUACAUAGAUUUUUAAUUUCAAUCUUUAUUACCAGCGUUGGGAUUGAACCCAGGGUUUUGUACAUGCUAAGUAAGCAUUCAGCCACUGAACUACAUCCUCUGUCCUUAUUUGUACUUUUACAUGUUUUUCUUGUUGCCUUUUGUUUGUUUGUUUGUUUGUUUGUUUUUUGAGACAGGUUCUCACUAUGUAGUACACGCUGGCCUUGAACUCAGGGCAAUCCUUCUGCCUUAGCCUCCCAAGUGUUGGAUUAUAGGUAUGCACCAUCAUGCCUGGCUGGAACUUUUUUUUUCACCUAAUAGGGUGUAGUGGGUACCUUUGCACUCCUAAAGUCACUCAGUAAAUCCGUGAUCUUUUUUUUUUUUUUUUGUCUUUUUUGAGACUGCCUCAUUAUGCAUUCAGGCUGGCUCUGAACUCACUUUGUAGUCCCAGGCUGACCUCAACUCACAGCAAUCCUACUGCACCACUUGAGCUGGGAUUAUAGGAGUAUACCACCAUGUCCAGCUCUCCCCACCCCUUUUUGUGGUAAUGGGAGUUGAACCUGGGGUUUUCACACUGUACCAUAUCCAUAGCUCCUUCCUGUUUCGUUUUUGUUUUUAAGAACAGUGUCUUGCCUUGUAGUUCUGGCCUUAAACUCCGUGUAGCCCACUGCCCUUUUUAAAUUUUCCUUAUUUUGAGACAGGGUCUCAUCAAGUGGCUAAGUUCUCCAGGUAGAGUUCCAACCUGUGAUCCUCCUGCCUCAGCCUCCCAGAAACUGUUAUUAUCAGUGUGUACCACCACACCCCUCUGGUAUUUUAUUUUUGUUUAAAGCUAUUGUGAAUGAAAUUGUUUUUCUUAAUUUCUGUCUCAGUUUAUUGUUUGUUGGCCCGUAGAAAACUAUUGAUUUUUUAAUGUUGAUUUUGUAUCCUGUUGCGUUAAUCUUUUUCUUUACACAUAGUUCCUGCUUAAAUAACUAUACACACAAAUAUAAGUUUAAAAAACAAAUCUUUUUCUUUAGGGAAAUACUCAGACAUACACAAGUGGAUAGAAGUACAUGAUGAAUCCUGCUGGAACCCAGGUGGAACAGUCUCUGCAUUUUGAUACUUUCGUUCCAUUUCCACCCAUCCAGUUUCCUUUUUGCUAAUGUCUUUUAAGAAACAAAUUCCAGAAAUAGUGCUAUUUUACUGCACUAUCACAGAUUUUCUGAACUUUAUUUUGGCAAAUUUCAGAUAGAUUUAAAGUAGAGUUUUCCUGUACUCUGACUCUUAGUGACCAGCAUUUGGCUGUUGCAUCUCCUGCUCUCCUCUCCCCUUUUGUAGUUUGCUGGACUACUGAAAGCUAUGCCAGCCAUCCUGUUUUUCCCCAUGUAAACACUUCAGUAAAGUAGCUUUUACUUAUAAGAUGCAAGUUCUGGGGGGUGGGGUGCUAAAGAUGGAACCUAGGGGCUCACCCAGGGUGCACAAAUGCUGCCCCCUCCAGAUCCACCCCCCUCCCCCAGCUUAGACUGAAAGGAUUUAAAAGAGGAUGGGGAUUAGUGCCAGGAAUCAUGCCCUGCCCCACCCCGCAAACUUAGAAAGAGGUGGAUUUAUAAAUACAACUGCAAGUGCUAAGCAAUAAUGAAACUUAAAAAAUUUGAGCUAUGCACUUGAAGUAUGGGUGGAAUUUCAUUUUCUGUCACGUAGGUUCAAAUACAUGAUUUAUGUGAGAAGGUGUCUUCUUAAUUUCAGGUCUCAGUUCUCAGCGGAGGGUGACUUGACACCCUCCGGAUGCGGACGUUUGGCAGUGCCUGGAGAUAUUUUUGGUUGUUAACACUUUAGGGAUGAGGUGGGGUAAAACUACUUGACAUGUGUGGAGGCCAGAGAGAAAGGUGAUGUCCUGUGGUGCACUGCAAACCCUCCUGCAGAUACAAUUACUUGGCUGAGUUAGAAACCCCGGUUUAGGACACAAGUGGACUGUGUUGCAUCCUAGGCCUCUUUGUGGCUCUCCUUAACUUCCCCGGACUGCUCAGUAAGCCCUGAUCAGCAGGGCCAGCACUAAGGGGACAGACACAUGUUGACAUUAUCAGUGUGACACAGGAAGUAAGCCCUAACUGUCCAGAAAAUUUCAAUUGAAGUGCCUUUAGAUACGGCUCUAUCAGUUAGUUACAUCAGCAGGGAUUAUCUGAAAAGUUUCUGUAACCAAACUUUUAUGAGGUUUGGACUCUGCUUACAAGGAAGUCAAACUCCCUUGGAGGCAAGCGGAUGUGAAAGCUUUUCUCUUCUGGGAAUGCUUCCAGAAGCAAAACAAGGCUGGGACUGUUCUAGUGGCAGCUUCCACAUGUGGAUAGACAGGAAAAGAAUAAAAUUUGUAGCCAGAGAGGAAAGGAGAGAGAAGCAAAAUAGCUUUUCAUGGAGACCACUUAGGAAGGACAGCCAGAAUCUGCAUAGCCCUAAAGAGGACAAAUACUCUCUACUUAUUGCUCGUUUAGAAAGUGGAUGUUCUGGGUAACAUGUCCAGUGUGACUGAGGAGAGAAGGAAAAGACAGCAGAACAUUAAGGAAGGACUGCAGUUCAUACAGUCAUCGCUGUCAUAUCUGGGAACCCAGGAACAAUAUGCGGUAUAUUUGCAGGCUCUUGUGAGAAAUCUUUUUAAUGAAGGAAAUGAUUUUUAUCGGGAACGUGAUUGGAAUAGCUCGAUAAGCCAGUACACGGAAGCUUUAAGGAUAGCUGAUUAUGCAGAGUCUGAUAAAAUUUCCAUUCCUAAAGAAAUCAUUGAAAAACUACAUGUGAAUCGCAUGGCCUGUUAUUCUAACAUGGGUUUGCAUGAUAAAGUUUUAGAAGACUGCAAUAUUGUCCUCAGUUUAAAUGACAGCAACUGCAAAGCGCUCUAUCGGAAAUCUAAGGCUCUAAGUGAUUUAGGAAGCUAUGGAGAAGCUUAUCUUACCGUGGCAAAGUGUUCCUUAGCAAUGCCUCAGGAUGAACAUGUAAUAAAACUAACUCAAGCGCUAGCUCAACAAUUGGGACUUAAGAUAAGGAAAGCAUAUGUUAGAGCCGAGCACUCACUGAAAUCAGUUCCUGGGGAUGGGACCGCCAAGGUUGUGGACUACUCUGUGGAAGAUAUUGAACCAGAUUUAUUCACUCCACGGCAAGAAACACUUCCGGUUAUCUCUUUACCUUUAUCCAGCUUUUCUCAUGAUGUCAGAAGUGAGCUGGCCUCAGUUCCUACUGUGCCCUUACCUUCUAUUUUGCCACUGCAAGUGGAAGAGAGUACUCUGUCAUCCACAGUAUUGGCAAAUGGAGGGAAGAUCCCCUUCACGAUGCCAGAAGCUUUUCCAGAUGAUGGAGAUAUGGUCCUUGGAGAUGAAAUAGAUGACCUCCUCGAUUCUGCACCUGAAACUAAUGACACUGUUAUGCCACCGGCACUAGUCCAGGUGCCCCUCCCAACGUCCAGUGUUGCUCCUAGCUUACCCUUCUCAGCGUCUCUGCUCGGAACCUUGCCCAUUGGUGCGAGGUAUGCUCCUCCAUCCUCCUUUGCAGAGCUGUAUCCACCUUUGACCUCAUCUUUAGAAGAUUUUUGUUCUUCUCUAAAUUCAUUUUCAGUGAGCGAACCCAAACGAGAUCUGUCCACCUCAACUUCUAGAGAGGGAACAACGCUUAACAACAGUAAUUCUUCCCUUUCACUUAUGAACAGGCCAAGUAGUUUGUUUACUUUUGAUGGUUCCCUGGGAAUUUCAAAUCAACCUAGAAACGACUUUGACUUUGGAAAAUUUUUUGGAAGUGCAAUUACUAAACCAUCUUCAUCAGUGACUCCAAGACAUCCGCUUGAAGGAACCCAUGAGUUAAGACCAGCUUGCCAGUUCUGUUUUGUAAAAUCAGGCCCUAAAUUAAUGGAUUUUACAUACCAUGCUAAUAUAGAUCAUAAAUGUAAGAAGGAUAUUUUAAUUGGUAGGAUAAAGAAUGUGGAAGAUAAAUCAUGGAAAAAAAUACGUCCAAGACCAACAAAAACAAAUUAUGAAGGACCAUAUUAUAUAUGUAAAGACGUUGCUGCAGAAGAGGAAUGUAAAUAUUCAGGUCACUGCACAUUUGCUUAUUGCCAAGAAGAAAUAGAUGUCUGGACCCUGGAAAGGAAGGGUGCAUUCAGCCGUGAGGCUUUCUUUGGUGGCAAUGGGAAGAUCAACUUGACCGUGUUGAAACUUCUCCAAGAGCAUGUUGGAGAAUUUAUAUUCCUUUGUGAGAGAUGUUUUGAUCAUAAACCUAGAAUGAUUAGUAAACAAAAUAAAGAUUCUACUGCUUGUUCUCACCCAGUUACAAAGCAUGAGUUUGAAGAAAAUAAGUGCCUUGUCCACAUUUUGCGAGAGACAUCAGUAAAAUACUCCAAAAUACGUCCUUUUCAUAGUCAGUGUCAGCUUGAUUUGUGUCGACACGAAGUUCGUUAUGGCUGUUCAAGGGAAGAUGAGUGCUUUUAUGCCCACAGCCUUGUGGAACUCAAAGUUUGGAUAAUGCAGAGUGAUACAGGUAUUUUACAUGAUGAUAUUGCUCAAGAAUCUAAACAGUACUGGCAAAAUUUGGAGGCAAAUGUACCGGGAACUCAGGUGCUUGGCAAUCUAAUAAUGCCCGGAUCUCUUAAUAUGAAGAUAAAAUUUGUGUGUGCUCAGUGUCUAAGAAAUGGUCAAGUCGUUGAACCAGACCAGAACAGAAAAUAUUGUAGUGCAAAAAAAGAAAAGCAUUUGUGGACCAAAGAUCGUCGUGCGAUGAGAGUGAUGUCUCUUGAACGUAUGAAGUGGAUGAACAUCCGUCCUCUCCCCACAAAGAAACAAAUGCCUUUACAGUUUGAUAUGUGCAACCAUAUCUCCGCUGGGAAGAAAUGUCAGUAUGUUGGGAACUGUUCCUUUGCUCAUAGUCACGAAGAACGAGAAGUGUGGACUUACAUGAAGGAUAAUGGAAUACAAGAUAUGGAACAAUUUUAUGAACUUUGGCUAAAGAGUCAAAAAAAUGGAAAAAGUGAUGAUGUAGCUAGUCAAGCAAACAAGGAAAAUGGAAAACAAAUUCACAUGCCAACAGAUUAUGCCGAAGUGACUGCGGAUUUUCACUGCUGGAUGUGUGGGAAGAACUGUAAUAGUGAGAAGCAGUGGCAGGGCCACAUUUCUUCUGAGAAGCACAAGGAGAAAUUUUUUCAUACAGAAGAUGACCAGUAUUGCUGGCAACACCGCUUCCCAACAGGAUAUUUUAGUAUUUGUGAGAGGUAUAUGAAUGCAAUUUGCACUGAAGGAAACAGCUGUAAAUUUGCACAUGGAAAUGCCGAGCUCCAAGAAUGGGAAGAAAGAAGAAAUGCCCUAAAAAUGAAGCUCAGCAAAGCACGGAAAGAUCACUUAAUUGCCCCAAAUGAUAAUGACUUUGGAAAAUAUAGUUUUUUGUUUAAAGAUUUAAACUAAUAUGCUGGCUUUUAUGUAACCCAAUCAGAGCAUUGACGAGAAAAAUUGAAAGUGUUCUGAGGCACAUAGCAGAGGAGCUACAGGCUUUCUGCUAGUAUUGGCGUAUAUCAUUCCUCCUGAGCAGCACCCAGUAGCUAGGAAAAUGGGCUGGUUAGCGGGUCUGGCUAUGCUCUCCUGGAGCCACUGGCCUCAGAUGGUGAAGUGAUGCUGCCUGGUGCCAUCUGUUGAACAGACUUUUGGAUGGAAUGUUGGGGAAGAGGAUAAAGUUAUGUCUAUGGCAGCUCUUUGAGUUGGUCCUUCAAGUAAGAACCAUGAUGGUAAGACAGUAAAUACUUGUACUGGGGUCAGAAUACAUGAUGGAUGAAAAUUUUUACAUGACUUAGUGGAAUGAAUUUAAUAUAAUAAAGUUUGCUACUUAUCUGUAUGUAGGUUGCUAAAGAGGAUUUUCUUAACUGAGAUUUUAAGCCAAAUAACCAUUUAACACUAGUAUAUGUUAAAUGGGGUAUUUUUCUGUAUUUGUAUGUUUCACUAUAAUAAGGGAACUGAACAUAAUGUGCAUUGAGAAUAUUUUGAAAAAUAAUCAAUUGACUCAAAUUUUAUUUCUUGGUCUUUCACUGUUUCAAUGAUGAUUUUGAAAGAUUAAACUUGUACUGUUGGUUUCGUGUAGUAUCUGGACCAAUAUUGCCUGUAAUAAAAGAUUUUAUAUAUAGA